UACACGCAAAAUCUUUUGACUUUGCAUUAUAGUAGUUUGUGUAUUAAUUUUUGGUGGCGCCACUGAUAUAUGAGUGUGCAACAGCCCUAUCGGAAAAAUGUUUUUGCCAUUAUUAAUACGUAUACAAUCAGUCACAUUUGUUGUUUAUUUUGAAAAGUUUUAAAAAGUGUUGAAAAUGAAAAAAAUUACGUGUAAAAAGUGCAACUUGAAAUUUGCACGAGAGGAAAAUUUGCGGCUUCACGGCAAAUCACAACAUUCGAAAUACGUGUUAGUGGCGAUUUGUCCAUUUAAAGAAAAGAGAGGAGGAAAAUGUGCGGAAUCAUAUUCGACAAAAUCCAAUUUACAAGUUCAUCUUAACCUUUAUAUGCUCCUGGUGUAGAAAACUACGCAUAUCAUUUUUAUUUUUUAUUUUUUUUCGAAAAAUUCUAAACCAAUUUUUAUGAAACUUCUUGACUUUAAUUUUUGCUUUAUUUUAAACAUAAAAAAAUGUUACCCGAUGUCAAAAGUAUUUUUCGCAUCGGAAUAUUAAAAAAAUUACAUAGACUACCUUCAGUGAGUAGAUUUCUACUCAUAUGGGAUUUCAACGUAUUUGACGGAAAAAACGUCAUUCAGUCAACGUUUGUUUGCAAGUUUAGUGAGUGUGUGCAAUGUUGUGUAUUGUUAUGAAAUUUUCUGAAGAAUAAUUUCAAAAAUAUAACAUGGCUAGACCAAAAUAUCUUACACAAGAGGAGUUGGAAACACUAUUGAAUGAGACUGACGACGAAGAUGCCGACAUUAGCGAUGACGAAUGUGAAUUACAAGAAGACAGUUUGAUUGAAACAAGUGAUUCUGAUGUUGAAGAACCGGACGAUAUCGAAAUUGAUGGCUCAGCAGACGAUAUUGAAAUUGAUGAAAAUGCUGAUCCAACGUUUAUUUCAAAAGAUGGCAUAGUUUGGAACUCUGAACCAGUGACAGAUCGAAGUGGAAGAUUGCGUAAAGAAAACGUUAUCACACUUCGUCCGGGACUAACAAGAUUUGCAAAAAACCGUGUUGAUUCUAUCAAAGAUGCAUUUCUCCUUUUCUUUCCAUCACCAGUUGAAAACAUUAUUUUGAAGAAUUCGAAUGCGUAUGCAAAGGCGACGUAUGGCGAAAAUGCCAUUGAAAUCGAUUCAAACUUAUUACAUGCGUAUAUCGCUGUACUAAUCUUGGCCGGUGUAUACAGAUCAAAAAAUGAAAAUUUGGUUGAUUUAUUUGACGGUGAAUAUGGCCGUCCAAUUUUCAGAGCGAUCAUGUCAAAGAAAACAUUCCAAUACAUGAGCCGAGUUAUGCGUUUCGAUGAUGUCAUGAACAGACGACAACAAAAAUCCACCGACAAGUUUGCACCAAUUCGUGAUUUAUUCGAUAAGUGGUCGGAACUUUUACCUGAUUUCUACAAUCCAUCUGAAUGUGUCACUGUAGACGAGCAACUUCUUGGUUUUCGUGGCCGAUGUAAGUUCCGGCAAUACAUGCCAUCCAAACCAGAAAAAUAUGGCAUAAAAUUUUGGCAAUUAGUUUGUUCUGAAACAUGUUAUGUAUGGAAAAUACAGCCAUAUUUGGGAAAAGCCGUUGGUGUUGAUUCGGCUGAAAAAGGACAAGGUGCACGCGUAGUAUUGGAUCUUAUUGGCGGACUGAAAGGUCACAACGUAACAAUGGAUAACUUUUUCUCAUCUUAUGAACUUGGGCAGAAAUUGCUAUCAAAAGGUCUCACAAUGGUUGGUACGAUGCGAAAAAAUAAAAGAAGCAUUCCACCAAAGCUCCUUGAAUGUAAAAAAGUUCCUUUGUACCAGUCAACUUUUGCAUUCACGAAAGACACAACACUCGUUUCAUAUGUCGGACGAAAAAACAAGUGCACGAUUUUGCAAAGCACAAUGCAUAGUUCAAAUGAUGUAGGAUCCGGCGACAAAAAAUUGCCCGAAAUUAUAGAAUACUACAACAAAACUAAAGGUGGUGUGGAUACGGUUGACAAGAUGCUUUCGUGUUACAGCUGUAAGCGCAAAACAAAUCGUUGGCACAUGGUCGUGUUUUCGAAUAUAAUCGAUAUUUCAGCCUUGAACGCAUUUGUCAUUUUCAAAGAAGUGUCACCGAAUUGGCAAACAACACAGAAAACUACAUUACGACGCAAUUUUCUACGGGAACUUGGAUAUUCUCUUGCGCAGCCAUACAUGGAUAUGAGAAAAGGUGUGCCACGAUCUGAAUCAUCAGCAUCGCUUCUUUCAGCGAGCCGAGAAUCCCUACAAUGGCGUGAAAGUUCACCAGCUAUUCAGUCUUCGUCUUCCUCCAUUUCUCGUGAGUCUUCGAUGUCACGUGAAGGUUCACCAACUUUGCUACCAUCUACAUCAUUCGAAAUUCCUCGUAAAAGAGCAAAAAGUGUUCCAUCGGUGUCGAAAGGCAGAUCAAGAUGUCACAUGUGCUAUACUGAGAAAUCAAAAGAGAAAUAGAAAUUACUGAGAAAUAGAAAUAAUAUGCAUGAAACUAUCUGUUGUUUUUGUACUAAAGGUGUUUGUAAAAGCACCCAUAAUCGAAAUGUGUGCGUGAAAUGUAUUGUAGAACGCCUACUUUAAAAACAAAUCACUUUUAAUGUAAUGAUUUUUGAAAAAAAUCAAGUAAAAUCAAAAAUAUCUUCAAAAAAUCUGUCAAAAUAUGUGUUUUCCAUACAAAUUCCAUAUGCGUAGAAAUCCACGCACAAGGGUAAAAUUUGUAAUUUUUUUUGAAGGGCAUAUGAAGGUUAAAAAACAUCACCAUGGUGCAAAAAUUGUUGGCAAUACCGCAAGAAAAAAAGAUAUUGAGUGGAUAUGGAUUAAAAAAGGUACUUGAAAAAAAAAAAUAAUAAUAAAUGAAACAAGGAAUUACGCUUUUCAAUAAGUUGGCGUCGAAAAAUGAGCGGUAAAUAGCUCUAACCUCAAUUUGAGCAGUGUUUGGUGCUUCUUGUACAAAGAAAUGAAAUAUCCUUGAUAUCAGCUUAUUUUUUUACAUUUUUAUUUCGGUAUCUCACUGAAUUUUCCCACUAUUGCAACACACUAUAAUAGUUCGUCCAAGUCACUCGUACAUAUCAAGCAACUCUGAUGAGGAAGACGAUACUCCCAUUGCCUGUCUUAAGCGAGAGUCCGACAAUCGAUCAAAAAUACAUCAGAGUUCGACUGAUGAUUCUUCGAGCGAAAAUGAAAAGGGAAAUAGCGAGGAAUUCUCUUUCAUCGAUGAUCUUUUGGACAGAAAUAAUGAUGAAUCAAAUGAAUAUGAAGAGGUCCCUAAAGAGGAAUUUUCUAUCACCGAUGAUCUUUUGAACAGAAAUAAUGAUGAAUCAAAUGAAAGAAGCGAUGACAAUAUAUCUGUAAGCGAUUCUCUACCAGAGGAAGCAUUUGAUGAAAGCCAUAACGAAAUGCAAACAGAAGAAGAAAUGUGGCAUCAAGACGAAAGCAAAUUAACGGAUCUGGUCAAUAAAAUUGAGACUGAUGAAUAUGAAGAGGCCACUAAAGAGGAAUUUUCUAUCACCGAUGAUCUUUUGGACAGAAAUCAUGAUGAAUCAAAUGAAAGUAGCAAAGAUGAUUUCGAUGACGCUAUGUCAGGUGCGAAUGAGACUGUAUAUGAUGCAAUUCAUUACGAAAUGCCAACAGUUGAAGAGAUUCCGGAUCAAAAUCAGAGCCGAUUAACGAACCAGAUCAUUAAUAUUGAAACCAAUGAUGAUGAAGUCACGAGCGAUAGUAAAUCUUGUGUCCUAAUCUUUUGUUAAAGAAAUGUUACUGUUGCAAUAGUUAAUUAUUAUUUUACGAACAGUUGAUCAUUUUAGUGAAAAGGAAAAGAUUGACUAGUCAAGUUACAAAGAGGUCAUCGACCUAACGCUUGACUCAAGUGAUGACGAACGGCCAAUGGGUGAUUCCGAAAUCACAAUCGGAGAAACGUUAAUGCAUAGUUUCGACGGAGCGGGAAAUGUGAUAAUAUCAGAGGUUUUAAUUCAAGUUUUUACGCAGUCUUCGAAUGAAACAAACGAUGAAGUUGAACCAAACGAACUAAUGGCAAAUAGAUACCAAGUAUGGAACAUAGACUACAUAGCACCGCGGCAAAAUGACCACCAACGGGAACAAGUUUAUUAUGGUGAUUUAUACACCCAUGACGAAGAACAAGCUUUGGACCAACCAACACAUCCUGGAUCAUUAGAUCUUCCGGCUAGUCAAACGCAGUAUGAAGAUGCAGUCGAUUUCGACAUGGAGCUAAUGACAUGCAGCGCAAAUGAAAUAAAAUCUCAUCACAAAAAUUUCCAACAUUUCUACUUAUAAGACGAAUUUAUUACAAUUUUUUCUAAUCGUAUCAAGAGAAUAUCUCACACAUUAUAAAAUCACUCUCUUCUUGAUGUGUGGAUAUUCUUUAAAAAACACGAAAAUUGUUAAUCAGGAAUUUUUUUAAAACAGGUCGUAUUUAUAUGAAAAAUUGCCGUAUUUUAUAAGUGGAACUUAAUUCUAGUUUUUUAUUGUUUUGAUUUCGUAAGAAUUUUUAAAAAACAACAAUAUAUACAUAUAAGAUAUUUGUAAACAUUUUCAAAGCAAAUUAAUUGUUAAAAAUAAAUUUUUUAAACAUGUCGUAAUUAUACUUCCAUGACGAAGAACAAGCUUCAAACCAACCAAAACAUCCUGGAUCAUUAGAUCUUCCGGCUAGUCAUACGCAGUAUGAAGAUGCGGUUGAUUUCUACAUGGACCUAUUGCAGCACAAAUGAAAUAAAAUUUCAUCACAA